AAUGAGCCUCCCAGUUGGUCUCCGCCACCUGAUGCUCCUCACACCGAACUCCGGUACCGGCGGCCAGAGGCGCGGAACUCACCGGUUCUAACCGGUUCUGGACCUUUUCUUUGCGGCCUCCUCAUGUCUGCUAAGCGGCGUCCAGCGGCGGACAGACGUUAACUUUAGACGUCGCUCUAAAGUCCCGGAGAGUCAGGACGGUUCUCAGCGGAGAUGCGGCGGCGUUCCAGGAAGAAGAAUGUGGUUUUGGGUGCGCUACUCCUGUUCGCUGCGCUCUACUGCUUAUAUCCCUUUGACUUCCUCCUGAUGGGAUUGAAGUCGAUUGCGAGUCCUGUGAGUCGGCCGGUGGAGAGGCUGGUCAGUAAGGACUCCUGGGUGGAGCAGGGAGAUUUCCUGCCUCUCAAUGUGACCUAUCAGCUGCUGGCGGGAGCUCCACCCAAUCAGCAGAGGUUCCUGACCGUCGGCCUGUCGUCAGUCAGGCGGAAGAAGAGCAGCUACCUGGUGAGCACCCUGCAGUCGCUCUUCUCUCAGUCGUCUCCUGAGGAGCGCUCCUCCAUGGUGGUGGUCGUGCUCCUUGCAGACUUUGACGUCAGCUGGAUCAGCGGGACCCUCAGGGAGAUCAACUCCACGUUUCCUUCGGAGCUGGACCGCGGCCAGCUGCUGCUCAUCCAUGUUUCCCAGGAGUGGUACCCUCCUCUAACAGGUUUGAAGAGGAAUUACAAUGAUGCUCCCGAUCGGGUGUCGUUCCGCUCCAAGCAGAACGUGGAUUACUCCUUCCUGAUCCACUUCAGCGCCGGUUUGGGCCGGUACUACCUGCAGCUGGAAGAUGACGUCCUCUCUGCCCAGAACUUCCUGACAACCAUCAGGAAACGCAUCGAGGAGCAAAACGCAAAGAAGGGCAGCUGGGCCAUGCUGGAGUUCUCAGCCCUCGGCUACAUUGGGAAGCUCUACAGGUCCUCGGAUCUUCCUCUUCUGGCCCGCUUCCUCCUCCUCUUCUACCAGGAGAUGCCCUGUGAUUGGCUGAUGACUCACUUCAGGGAGCUGCUGACCCAGAGACAGAGCAUCCUCUUUAAGCCUUCGCUCUUCCAACACAUCGGCACGUUCUCCUCUUUCCAGGGAACCUACAACAAGCUGAAGGACAAGAACUUUGAGGAGGGGGUCUACACCAACCCCCCCGCUGAAGUUUUCACCAACAUCUCCACCUAUCAGAAGCACCUCCCCCGACUGGCCUGGGAGGCCGGCGAGGAGUUCUUCUGGGGGCGCUCUCCAGAGAGAGGGGAUCAUCUGACAGUGGUGUUUGUGGAGCCGACGGUGGUGACGGGAAUUCUGGUGGAAACCGGAUCCGGGGGGAAGGACCUUCUGGACUCGGGUCAGCUGGAACUAGGCCGAGACGUCAAGGAGAAGAGCUGCAAAAGCUUCCAGCCCAUAGGAGAGUUUAAGAGUGGGAAAUUUGAGAUGCGAGGUGUGGACAAGCUGCUUAGCUCCGCCUCUUCCUGUCUGAGGAUAUUAGUGACGGCUUCGCAGAAGGACUGGCUGAUUGUUCGGAAAAUAAGGAUCACACAUCAAGCUGCUAGUUAAUUCCAGGCUGACGGACGAGCGGUGGACCAAUCAGAGCGUCUCAGUGACCUGAACAAGCGAAGCCAUUGGUUGGUUUUCUUCUCUCUGCGGCCAUGAGAGGAACCAGGCUGCUUCUCCUCUCCUGUGGGACAGUUUUCCUUCCUCCAAACUUUCCCCACAUGCUCCUCUCAUCCCGUUGGAGUGGAGCAGCCUCCUGCUUCCCCACAUAUCAGAUGCUUUGUGUGUGUGUUAUUUUUUU